AGCAAUUCUCCUCCAGUUGAUAGGAUUAGACAAUAGGUGAUUGAAAUUUUCCGCAUGGUGUUCAUAUUUCCAACGCUUCUGUCCAUGAAGCUCCAACCAUUUUGGCUGCUUCUUGUAACGUGUUUUUGUGCAUUUGCAAUGGCCUCUCCUCCUUCUUAUGAUGCCUUUGCUUCUUCUGAGAUUGCCACAGAAGCAAAUGCUUUGCUGAAAUGGAAAGCCAGCCUUGACAACCAAAGUCAAGCUUCUCUCUCUUCAUGGACCGGCAAUAAUCCUUGCAAUUGGCUUGGAAUUUCAUGUCAUGACUCCAAUUCUGUUUCCAACAUAAACCUUACAAAUGUUGGAUUAAGAGGUACGUUUCAAAGUCUUAACUUCUCAUUACUUCCAAACAUCCUCUUUCUGAAUAUGAGCCACAACUUUUUGUCUGGAAGUAUUCCUCCUCAAAUUGAUGCCUUGUCCAAUCUCAACACUCUUGACUUGUCCACUAAUAAUCUCUCUGGUAGCAUUCCCAGUAGCAUUGGUAAUCUGUCCAAACUUUCAUAUCUUAAUCUUCGUACAAAUGAUCUCUCUGGGACUAUUCCUUCUGAAAUAACACAGUUGAUUGACCUUCAUGCAUUGUUGCUGGGUGAAAAUAAUAUCAGUGGAUCCCUUCCUCAAGAAAUAGGUAGAUUGAGGAAUCUGAGAAUACUUGAUACUCAUUUGUCCAAUCUCACAGGGACAAUCCCAAUCUCUAUAGAAAAGUUAAACAAUUUGUCUUAUCUAGAUUUAGGAUUCAACAACCUUUCUGGCAACAUUCCUCGGGGGAUUUGGCAUAUGGACCUAAAGUUUUUGUCAUUUGCAGAUAAUAAUUUCAAUGGUUCCAUACCCGAAGAAAUUGGGAUGUUGGAAAAUGUAAUACAUCUUGAUAUGAGGCAAUGCAAUUUCAACGGGUCCAUUCCUCGUGAAAUUGGGAAGUUGGUUAACCUCAAGAUUCUAUAUCUUGGAGGUAAUGAUUUUUCUGGUUCCAUUCCUCGUGAAAUUGGUUUUUUGAAACAACUUGGUGAACUUGGUUUGUCUAAUAACUUUCUCUCUGGUAAAAUUCCCUCUACAAUUGGAAACUUGAGCAGUUUAAAUUAUCUUUACCUUUAUGGAAACAGCUUAUCUGGUUCUAUCCCGGAUGAAGUGGGAAAUCUCCAUUCACUUUCCACAAUCCAACUGUUGGCCAACAACCUCUCUGGAUCAAUCCCGGCUUCCAUAGGUAACUUGAUCAAUUUGAACUCUAUUCGCCUUGAUGGAAAUAAACUCUCUGGAUCCAUUCCUUCCACUAUUGGAAAUUUAACAAACCUCAAGGAAUUAACUUUAUUUGAUAAUCAACUUAGUGGCAAGAUUCCAACAGAAUUCAACAGGCUCACUGCUCUGAAAAAUUUGCAGCUAGCUGCUAAUAAUUUUGUUGGCCAUUUACCUCGCAACGUUUGCAUUGGUGGAAAGUUGGUAAAUUUUACCGCUAGUAAUAACAACUUCACAGGCCCAAUUCCAAAGAGUUUGAAAAAUUGCUCCAGCCUUGUGAGAGUCAGGCUUCAACAAAACCAACUAACGGGUGAUAUAACAGAUGCUUUUGGUGUACUUCCAAACUUGGACUUCAUCGAAUUGAGUGACAAUAAUUUUUAUGGUCACCUUUCACCUAAUUGGGGAAAGUUUGGUAGCCUCACAAGCCUCAAGAUCUCCAACAAUAAUUUAUCAGGUGUAAUACCACCAGAACUAGGUGGGGCAACCAAAUUAGAACAGCUUCACCUGUUCUCAAACCAUCUUACAGGAAACAUUCCACAAGAUUUAUGUAACUUGACCUUGUUUGAUCUUUCACUCAACAACAAUAAUCUUACAGGAAAUGUUCCCAAAGAAAUAGCAUCAAUGCAGAAACUUCGAACUUUGAAGCUUGGAUCAAAUAAUUUGUCUGGCUUAAUCCCAAAACAACUUGGAAAUUUGCUCUAUUUAUUGGACAUGAGUCUGAGCCAAAAUAAAUUUCAGGGAAAUAUUCCUUCAGAGCUUGGCAAACUGAAAUUUCUUACAAGUCUUGAUCUUAGUGGAAAUUCUUUGAGAGGAACAAUACCUUCAACGUUUGGAGAAUUAAAAAGUUUAGAAACAUUGAAUCUCUCUCACAAUAAUCUUUCAGGUGAUCUCUCUAGCUUUGAUGAUAUGAUAAGCUUGACAUCUAUUGAUAUAUCAUACAACCAGUUUGAGGGCCCACUUCCUAAAACUGUAGCCUUCAACAAUGCUAAAAUUGAAGCAUUGAGAAAUAAUAAAGGCUUGUGUGGAAAUGUCACUGGCUUGGAGCGUUGCCCAACAUCAAGUGGGAAAUCUCAUAAUCAUAUGAGAAAGAAAGUCAUAACAGUAAUUUUACCCCUUACUUUGGGCAUUCUAAUAAUGGCAUUAUUUGUUUUUGGAGUCUCGUAUUAUUUAUGCCAAGCUUCAACGAAAAAAGAAGAGCAGGCUACAAAUUUACAAACUCCAAACAUAUUUGCAAUAUGGAGUUUUGAUGGCAAAAUGAUAUUCGAGAAUAUUAUUGAAGCCACAGAAAACUUUGACAGCAAGCAUCUCAUUGGGGUUGGAGGGCAAGGAUGUGUUUACAAGGCAGUGUUGCCUACAGGUCUAGUUGUUGCUGUGAAGAAACUCCAUUCGGUUCCAAAUGGAGAAAUGCUCAAUCAGAAAGCUUUCACAAGUGAGAUCCAAGCUUUGACAGAAAUUCGACACCGUAACAUUGUAAAGUUAUAUGGGUUUUGUUCGCAUUCACAGUUCUCAUUUUUGGUGUGUGAAUUCCUGGAGAAGGGCAGUGUAGAGAAGAUUUUGAAGGAUGAUGAUCAAGCAGUUGCAUUUGAUUGGAAUAAAAGGGUGAAUGUUGUCAAAUGUGUAGCAAAUGCUUUAUUCUAUAUGCACCAUGACUGCUCGCCUCCAAUUGUUCAUCGUGAUAUAUCAAGCAAGAAUGUUCUUUUGGAUUCAGAAUAUGUAGCUCAUGUCUCAGACUUCGGAACAGCCAAGUUUCUUAAUCCUAAUUCAUCCAAUUGGACCUCAUUUGUAGGAACCUUUGGAUAUGCUGCUCCAGAGCUUGCAUACACAAUGGAAGUUAAUGAGAAAUGUGAUGUGUAUAGUUUUGGGGUCCUAGCGUGGGAAAUACUUUUAGGAAAGCACCCUGGUGAUGUUAUAUCAUCUUUAUUGCUAUCAUCUUCGUCGAAUGGUGUGACCUCAACACUUGAUAAUAUGGCAUUGAUGGAGAACUUGGACGAACGUCUCCCUCAUCCAACAAAGCCUAUUGUUAAGGAGGUGGCAUCAAUUGCAAAGAUAGCAAUUGCCUGCCUGACUGAAAGUCCACGAUCUCGCCCUACCAUGGAGCACGUUGCCAAUGAGCUUGUAAUGUCAUGAAGCUCAUCUUCAAUGGAUUAGCUCUACAUUGCCACUUAUAUAUAGCUGAAAGAUUGAACUUACAAAGCAUGUUUGAGUUCUAUGUUUUUUGAUGUAAUGUCUAAGUUCUACUUGUUCUAUUCUAUUGUGUUGUAUUGUUUAUUUUGCAAGUCAGUUUAUUUUAAACUUAUGAUGUAUCAAUUGGGGAUUUAUUUGGAUUUUGAACUUAUGAUAUAUUAGUAUAUUACCACUUUGAGAUCAAUAAGAUUUUGUUUUGUUUUUCCAUUCA